AUGAAUAAUGUUGCAACACCGAUUCAAGUGAAAAGUAGUGGCGAUAGAGACAGGAUAGCUAAAGCAACAACAACUGCCUCUACUUUCUGUACUGAUCCAAAAGCUAUGUCAUUAUCUUCACCAACAACUGAUAGUAAUUUAAUUCUGGCACCAAGAACACCAACAUUAAAUUCUAUUUCAAAUAUCAAUGUACGUAAACGACCAGCUAUUGAUUCAUCUUCAGCCCCACGGAAAAAAAAGAAUAAAUCUAAAAAAGUACAAGAAGGUGAUGAUACAUCAUCAUCUGAUACUCAACCCGAUGAAGACAAUUUUAUAAAAUUAAUUGAACCAAUUAAAACUCCUACAUUUAAUGGUCGUCGAUUAGCUAGUGUUGUUACAACUGAUUCUACAAUUAACAGAUCAAUGGAUAAAGACAGUUGUUCUCAGUCUAUGGAACAAAAAUACUUUAUGCCAUUGUUGAUCGGUCAAGAGAGAUUAGAAAUGAAGAUGAAAUCUUUAUAUAAUAAUCAAAUGAAGAUUCAAAAAGCUUUAACAAAGGACAAGUACUUAUUUCACUCGAAGAACCAGCAAAUCAACAUUGAUACAAUUGAUGUAUACUGUGGAAGAGCUGUUGCAUUAGAACCAGCUGAUACAUAUAGUGAUAAUCGAUAUAAGUUGAUACAAAGAGCUGUUCGUUCCAAGUUUAAACUUAGUGAUGAUCAAUUAGAACAAAUAUUUAAUGAAUGGCUUCGCGAAGUUUUUCUUGCAAAGAGGAGAGUGGCGGUGUCGCUAUCAACGACAUGGGAAUAUGUUCGAAAAUUUAAAUGUAAAGGACGAAUUCACACUAACUGUAUUCAUACAAUAUUAUUACAUGAAAACGAUAAUCAUAAUCAUCCUGGUAAUCCUGUUUCAACUGAAACUCGAAUAAUUGAAGAAAAAAUUCUUCAUCGAGCACUUAAUUCAAAGGAAGCGACACAAAAUUCUAUUGAUUAUUGUCUCACGAAUUUAUCUGAUAAUAUUGUAGCUCGUCUUCCUGAUUUUAAACAUGCUAAACGAAAUAUUCAAAAUCGACGAGGAAAAACUGAUUUACCCGAAAUUCCACAUGAUAAAACAUUUAAUCAAAUUUCGGACAAAUUAACAACAACAAAUCGAAACAGUGUGUUUCUACAAUUUAAUUCUGGUCCAGGCAGUGAUCGUAUUAUUAUAUUUGCAUCAGCUGAACAACUUCAACUUCUUGAAAAUUGA